CCGUUUUUCUUUUUUUGUAUAUUUCCAAGCUGAUAAAACUGGCAACAGUAAUGGCUCUUUUGGAUCCUCAGAGUCAUGCUAAAACUGAGCAGACACACGUGAAUGAGGAGCUAUUUGUUACACCAUACAAAGAGAUGACAGUAGAGGAUGUAAUGUCCUCUUUACGGGGGAAUUUCCCAACAGCCACCAACUUCACCUCUUUCCAGAGCUCUUCCAGUGCCCGACACAGUGUGGCCAGACUGGAGCAGCCCAGGGCCCAGUUCUGUGUGGGAGACGCACUGAAUGUGCUGGUGGAGAUGAGAGACUAUAGGGGACAACCAAAGGCCUAUGGAGGAGACUUCAUUCUGGCCCGGAUCCACUCUCCAAAACUACAGGCUUCUGCAUCAGGAGAUGUCACUGACUUCCGCAAUGGCUCCUACCGUGUGCGUUUCACCUUGUUCUGGCCUGGGGAGGUGCAGGUCUCUGUGCUUCUGAUCCACCCCUCUGAGGCAGUCCAAGUCCUCUGGAGAACCGGGAAGCAGAACUACAAUAAGACUGAGUACAGUGGAAACUUUGUCAAUGGAAGCAAGACAGAGAAAGCUACAUGUGGUCUCCGACUGAACACAGAUAAACCUCUGUGUGAGUACAAAGACGCGGAGGAAGGGGAAUAUUUUGCUUGUGUACAACCCCCAACCCUGCCCUGCAGUUUUCUGAACACCAUGUCCUCCUACAACACCCCAGGACCUACCAUCGCAGAGGACGAGACGCAGCUAUUGGCCAGGAAAGACGUUGGAGUUCAAAUACAGAACAACUUCACCACUGUGCAGGUCAUCAGUUGUUCUGGGUUCUUCCUCAGUGAAGAUCAAAUUAACAGCUGUCUGAUGGGAAAGAGACUCCAUCUCAAGGGUGACUCCACUGUGCGUCAGUGGAUAGAUUAUUUGGAAAGAAAGCUUAAAGAUCUCAAGUAUAAAGGUAGAAUUGAAUCUUAUUUAUCUGAGCUGGCUGUUGAUGCCCAUAGGAACAUCACUGUUCAGUGGAAAAAUCACGGGCAUCCCUGGAUCACUCAUCACAGCAAUGAUGUAAACAAGUGUGUGUACAUUUCGAGAUAUUUGGACACCUUAGAUCUUGGUGGGGACGGACAGGAUAUAGUGGUCAUUGGAAUUGGACAGCAUUUCCGGGCCUUCCCACUGGAGUUCUUCAUCCACAGGCUCCUCAAUAUCCGUCGAGCGAUCUUACGACUGCAGGCCCGCAGCCCCCAGACCCAGGUCUUCAUCAAACUGGAGAACACCAGGGAGUUCAGCUCAAUGAUUCUGCGUCUGAGUGACUGGUACGGCCACAUGCAGAACCUGGCUCAGAGGAAGGUGUUUGGGGACCUGAAGGUGGGCCUGGUAGAUGCCUGGGACAUGUCAGUAGCUACCAACACCUUUGCUGUCCACCCUAAUGACAUUGUAGUCUCCAAUGAGGUCGCUGUGGUUCUGUCUCACCUCUGUCAUCAUCCAUAG